AUGGAGUACUUCACUCCGCCCAGGGACGGGCCCCGCAGCGACAGGAGGCCAAACCAAUCACCCUCCAAGGCCAUGUCAGCCGACACCCCGGAAGAGAACUCGAUGUCCAUCGAUCCGGUCCUUCCCCCCAUCAGCAAGUCAGUGCGCCGCCUCAAGAUCUCGCGCCACCAUCGCAUACCUACCCCUCCCCCGAUACCAUCGCCAAAGCUGCCCUACCUACGAGCGGAGAAGUUCCCAGCCUGGUUGCUCGGCGAUGCGAUGGCCAAAUCGUCCCCCAAAUACAUGGCCCAGAGGGACCAAGACGCCCCGCCGCCCAGCCCAUUCUCCAGCCAGCCCCAAAACAUGCAGACCAGCCCCGUCCGGCGAUCCACAAGCUCCUUCCUGGGCACCAGUCCCCUCAAGCACCAUCACUUCCACAACUCGCUCAGCCGCCGAUCCUCCAACACCCAUCUCGACUUCAAGCGCCCCUCGCUCGGCCGCUCGGUCUCCCCCGACGAAGCGCUCGACAGACGCCGGGAGCGGUUCUGGGAGCUCUACGAAUACGACUCCACCUCGCCCCACCUCCAGCCCCGGUACUUCGACAAGCCGCUGCCGACGAACGAGCAGUGGGCCGACCUGGACAUCCAGAACAUCGGCAUCAUCCCCGAGCCCCAGCCCCGCCCGCCCCUCCCCCAUCUCGUCGAGGUCUUCCAACCCACCCCCAUCGAACCCGUCGAUCCCAUCCCCUCCCCCGACACCCUCGCGCAGAUCCAGCUCAACUCCCAAUCGCUCCAGAACAAUGCCGCACAACUCCAGCAGAGGAUGGCGAUCCCCUUCGGCUUCAACUUUCUGCCUCCCGACUACUCGGGCCACAAGGAGUAA